UUUUUUACCGGUAACUUUAAAAAUAUCGACACUUCGUAUAUUUUUAUUAAAAUGUCUAUUUUAUAUUCUAUAACGAAUUGUAGUAUUAUAUAAAAGUUUAACGAACUUAAUAAAGCAAACACAUAACAAAACCCCAGAGUUUUGUUAGUUCAACCCUACCAAUUUUUCAGUUUCGGAACACAGCGAUUCGCAGAAGCGCCGAUCUUCAACGAUUUUCGGCUCCCUGUGCACUUGGUAGUUGUAAAAAUAUUUCCCCGUUACGUCCCGAACAUCCUUCGAAUGGGCCAAAAACAGCACCCCGUCCGCGCACUGCCCCGGGUCUCUAGUAACUCGCGGAAUGAGCCGCUUCGACACGCUCGCUUCCAGCUUCGCUAUCAAACCCACCGGUCGGUCCGAUAUCAAGAACCCGGUGUUCAUCAUGCUGGGGUGCACGCUGUUGCACGUCACUCGGUACUUCCCCAAUUUCUCGGCGAAAUACCGCGUCGAAAUCAUGUUGCACAGCUUCGUGUUGUAGUAAUGAAUCGCGCCCGAUAUGAAAUGCGGCACGAAAUAAUCCGGCCGGCUCAGCCGCUCGACGGUCAUGCGAUGGAAGAACGAACCGCUGGAUGUGACGAAAAUUAUCCUGCCCUGGCUGGAGUUCUUCAGGAAUUCAGCUAGCAAAUUCGUCAAGAGAAACGGGCUUAGGUGGUUCACUUGCAUCACCCCGUCCAAAUAAUCCACAGUGGUUCUCUGUUUCAUGCAAAACACGGCGGCGUUGUUCACCAGCACGUCUAUGCGAUCCACGUCUUUCGAUAGCUCCUCCACGAAGCCUCUUACUGAUUUGUAAGAGGCCAAAUCCACGGUGUAGUCCCGCACGUCGGGGUUCUCGGACCGGCAGAUUAUCUCUUCUUUGGACACCAUUUGAUCCGCUUUAUCCGCCAUCAAUACUUUGUAGUUUUUCUUCGCCAGGCCCAGAGCCACUUCGAAGCCCAGUCCUCGAUUUGCUCCCGUCACCAGCGCUAUUUUCACCGAGCUUGCCGUUAGGCUCAUUAUUAUCUGAUUAAGAAAUGUCAGAUUCGACAAAAACAUCUAAGUUUUUAAGUGCACUAAGGACAACAAAAGUUUGAUCGAUAUUAGCUCGCCUAAUUCAGUCUUACACGAAGAUUAAACCGUAAUAAAUGUCCGAAGCACCAGGUGUUGCUGCAUCUUCAGGUCCCGACGAAGAGGACCAACGAGAAGUGAUACUAAACAACGAUUUGGAGAGGAGAAUAGCCGAGGCGUUCGACAUCUUCGACGUGGGAAACAACAAGAUGUGCGAGGCGCGCGACGUCCCCACCAUAAUGAGGGGCCUGGGGAUGUGCCCCACCGAGGCCGGGGUGCAGGAGGUGAUCGUCGCGGUGGAGCACCCGCGGAUACCGGGCAGCGUGCACUUGAGGCACUUCCUGCCCGUUAUCGUGCAGGCCAUCACUGAACACAGGUUCGAGCCGGCGGGGCCGGAGGAAUUGCUGGAGGCCUUCAAGGCUUUGGAUGUGCUUGGUAAAGGGUAUUUGACUAAAGAGGAUGCCGUGAUGUUUAUGACGCAGGACGGGGAGCCGUUUUCUCAAGAGGAAAUCGACGAGAUGCUGGAACUUGCCGUUGAUCCGCUAUCGCAGACGGUGCCUUACGAAUAUUACAUCAAUCAGUUGCUGGUGGAGGAAUCGUAAAAAUGCUACUUCAAGUACUACGUAAUUUUGCGCUCACACAAAUCUUAAAAUUUUCGAAAUAUAUCAAUUAUUUACAUAGAAAUUACAGGAAAAAUACUUAUAAUACUACUAACAUCACAGGAUAACGAAUAAACAAAACUGACGUAUUGAUUAUACGACCAACACCCACAAUUUCAUCUUUCCUGAAAAAAAAAACAUUUCAGCAAUAUUUAAUUUAUAUUCGGUAGGUACCAAAUAUUUUACAAUUCAUCACUAACUGCAAUUCACUUUAGUUACUGUAAAACAAAGCGAAUAAUUCCCAUCUAUUCUCUCAAUUUAAUACCAACAAUAAUUCUAAUGUUUGGUGACAAAUUACAAAAUAAAUGGUUUUCUACCGAAAGGUGACGAAUUACAAAAUAAUUCACUACCUACCGAUAGGUGACAAAACCAUUAUCCACUUUAUACAAGGCUCAAAUAUUUUACUUAAAUUUACAAAAAGUCUGGUGCCUUGUAUGCGAACAUCAAUGGUAUUUCCUGUUACCUACCAGCAGAAUUCCUCAAUCACCAAUUUUAUAAGACUACCUUUCGGUUUCGUCAAAUCGGGAACCUCACUCGUACUCGAACUGGCCUCGUUUGUGCUUAAAUAACGACUAGAAUCUAACUUAGUCGCCUCAUUACUUGUCCUACCAUCAACCGUAACUGAUGUGGCACCUUCGGAGAGGGUCACUCCACCUGUGCGGCUGGUAUCAACUCCAGCAGUAGUUUGAUCGUCCUUUUUCAAAUCAACCUUGUUGCUCCUGUACUCGACGUGCGGGAAGUUUGCGUGGAUUUGCGAGAGAAACUUGCUGUAAGGGACCAGGACGUUGUCGAAGGGCUCGUGCGGCCUGCACUCCUUUUGGAAACCGCUGAAAUACAUGCUGAAACGGCACUACGAAAUAAAACACCCACAGUAAAAUUAGAAGCACGAAUCGUACCCGGGCCGAGAGAAUAUUAUAGCCGAAGGGAAUCCGGGCACGCAAUAGCUCAGCACCGGUAUCUCCUGCAAUGCUAUCCUCGAAUUCCUGUCGCGUACCUUCCAACCGGUCAGGACGUGCUCCGCGUUCGACUGGAACCGCUCCUCCACGUAAAAGUAGCUGUCUUUUCGUAAGAGACUGGCCUCGUCGUCGGGCGUGCACGGCUCCGGCAGCGGCGGGUCCGCCUCCAAAAUGGUUAUGCUAUCGGUGGUGUCGGUGAUCUUUUUGAAGCCUUUUAUGCUGUGCACUAUGCUGUUCUCGCACCAGUAGUUCGAUUUGCUGGCUAUGUAGUAUU